AUGUGUAACCAAGUGGCUCCGAUACAUGGACAGUCGCAGCGUUCCAUCAACAUCAACUUCGAUGCUCCCUCAACAUCCGGAAGCACCCAAGCAGCAGGCUCUCGGCCACCACGACCCAUGCCGUUUACGAGAGAGAGUAUACUCAGCGAGUGGAAGACCUGCCGCGCAGAGGGAGAGUCAGCCUUCAUCAGCGUGUUCGUAGUCGGCAAGCCCGACGUGGACGGGCGCUGGUCUCGGGAGAUGGAAGCUCGUGGGCAGCCGGGGCCCUCACAGGAACCACCCCGGGUCCUUUUCCCCGGGCCAAACUCCGUCGUCGACGUGUCGCGCCGACCGCAAUGGUUCUUUCGAAGAGCGCUCUUCAAGCGCACAGUGGCGAGGUUCAGUCUCCGGCAUCUGGAAGAUGCAUUCGCUGAGCUGUCGCCGACGAAGUUCGCGGCCCCCAGCACUGAGGAGGGAGAGAAAGCCAUUAUCGAUCGUGCGUACGGCCUCUUGUCACGCUUGCCGGAGACGCCGGUCCCUCUGUCUGCCCUCCCGGAGGUGCCUCCGGCCGCAGAACCGAGGUGUUGGCUCCAACUGGAAGCAGGCCCGUGCCGCUGGGAGGAUCUCGAGCCGAUCUGGAGCGUCUCAGCGCCGAUCCGCAUGGCCUUGGCCAUCGCCGUCACAUGGGACAGACGCGUCGAGGCAAACACGCGUGGCAAGGAAUGGCAUCAGUUCAGAGAGUACCUGGAUUCAGUUUCAGAACUGAUUGACGCGGCGUCGUACGAGUGCGAGAGAGUUUCCUCGUCUGGGAAUAAGCCCCAUGCGUGGAGAUGGUUUCUUGUCAAGACUUAUCUCUGGAGCGUCUGGCAGAGAUGCGUGGCCUUGCAUUACUGGCGCAUCCUGCAAGACAACUUGAUGACGGGCUUCGACUAUACGGAUCUCGGUGAGCUGAGCCUCCGCCCGAACAUGGACUCGCCUGCCAUUCUGAAGCAGUACGAAGCAUUGAAAUCGGAAUACAUGUGCAGCCUGGCCUACCAGAUCCUCGUCAGGAGCAGGUCGACUGCCCUCCUGGACUUGCGGCAGUUCCACCAUCGGUUCAGCGGCCUGUUUGGGCAACAUGCCGGGAGAUGCAAUGACGAGAAGUCCUGCGAUGGGACGUCUCCCGCCGGAUGCCGCAGAAUCAGGGGGGCCGUCGUUAUCGACCAGAGCCAGCACGAUGUCUUGUGCGAAGGCGACGGCAAAUGUCGCCGCAUCCUGUGGGAUGAGGCGUCAUAUUGUCGACUGACCGGUGCCCGUGCGGUCUCCCUAUCCGACCUAGAGGGUUCCCAGCAGGCCUUGCUCGAUGACCACGCCCUCCGCCGCGAAGCAAUCAUGACCAUCAACCAAGUCUUCAUGGGUAGUCGUGCCAUGGUCCUAUGCGACCGAGACCUGAUGAGCAUCGACAUCUCGGCCAUCCAAGGCCCGGAUGACGCAUCUCACGAGGCCACGUCCCUCAUGGAGUCUAUUCUCUGCUGCCUCCUGGCAAGCGACUGGAACGUUCGGGCGUGGACGCUGCUGGAAGCCCUGCGCGGCAGGAAGGACAUCCGCAUCCUCUGCAGGUCGGGAACCGACAACAACAACAAGCUCAUCUCCCUGCGGGACACGUUGCAGACCGUGUGCAUGAACGGGGCCAUCAGCGUUGGCAUCUUGCUCCUCGCCAGCUACCACCUGUUCCCGGCGCCCCUGAGACGGAACUGGUUGUAUAUGCACUCGCUCACCACUUCUCUGGCUAGCAAAGCCAGGUCCGGUCAGCAAUGGAGGCGAGAGAUGGUGCAGGGGACGCGCGACGGCCAAAUCAUUGCCGAUCGCAUCGCCGACGGCUUCCUUGCCGUCUCGGAAGCCGCCACUCUGCUCUGCCAGCGCUUCGCAUCGCGGCCCGGCGAUGACGUGGUCAUCUGGGCAUUGCUCGUCGGCGAACAGCGCUUCGAAGACGCCGCCGAGCUCUGGACGAGAGGCCACGGCGGCACGGACCCGAUCCCCAUGGACAGGACCGUCUAUACCGGAUAUCUCAUCUCGAGCGUGCCCCGGCUGUCCCAUGACGGCAUCUCCUGGGCACCCAGCCAGCCAGGCGUCCAGUUUGCCGCCGACGGCAGCGGCACCUCAUACGACUACCCCCCGUAUGAUGGGAUGCUUUCACGUGUCGGCACGAUCAUGAAGUAUCCUCAUAAUCUCCGUGCCGUAUGGGGCGUUUCGCCCAUCAACUUUGGUGGCAAGAGGGUCCCCUUGUACCUCCAACGGGCCGGCAACGCCGUUGUCAAGGACCUCAUAACAAGCUAUGAUGAAGGCAUUCUGCUGCAGCCGCUGCAGGAGGUCGACGCCCAGGAAGACGCGGGCAGUCAAGAGCCAGCGGUUGUGCUCCCCAGCGUUUACAAAGGCCAUUCGCGGGGCCCUCUACUUGCCUUCGCCAUCAUGCGAACCGAUAAAGAGCAGGUCGUCUCGACAAUGAUGCAGAGUAAAGCUUGA